GCCGCCGCGAGUGUACGCGUGUCGUUCGCACCGACGACACGCACUGACGCGAUCGCGAACUUCUAAUCCCUUUUUGUUUAUUUUUCGCGCGCGUCCUUCUUGUGUUUCCGAGGCAGCGAGACGGAGAAAAAAAGGAGGCGCGGAUGGAUCGAGCGACCAGAGAAGAUUUGUGGCGGGCGCACGGAUAGCAGGGCCGGGUCCGUCGCCCACGCGCCGCUCUACACAACGGACCGCACAAGCAGACAACUCAACCAAAACACACGAAUUCCUCAAACCAAAGCCUCCAGUCAUAUCUUUCGUUUCAAAAAUUAUAUAAGCACUAUUUUUUAAAAACCUUUUAAACGUUAAAAUUAAAGAAGAAACUCAAAGUAUACGCUAACUCCCAAACAGUACAAAUUAAUUUAAGUCUGAAGUAUUCGGUAUUUACAAUAAAAAGAAGCCUUCGAACGAAAAAAAAGUAUAGAAGAGAUAUCAACGACCAGUAUUUAAACGUUCCAAAAUAAUAGAAAAAUCGUUAAACGAGUGCACAAAGUAUUUUAUCGAUAGUUAACGAGCAAACGAACCGAUUCCUCGAGCAUUUUCUAAAAAGAAGUCAGCCAAAGAUUUUAUAAGCCCGUAACCUUAAGACUCGUAAUAUUUAAGCUGUAUGUAAAGGACUUUUUAUACUAUUUAUUUUGUAGUGAGCAAACGAAGAUAUUGUGACUAGGGUAGUGUAAACCGGUGUGCCGUAUAGUCGUAACUUAAGUGCUAUUUAGAGUUAGAGCGAACUGAAGCCAGAAAGUACAAAUUAUCAAGUUCCAUCACAGUUCCGAUCGUUCAGUACAACAUAGACUUAGUGUAGAGCUUAUUUUUGUAUGUGUUACUGUUUUGGCACGCGAAAAAGUGACGCGAUGCGGUCUCGUCGAGCCAACACGUCAUGAGCGAAGCGCUCCGGAGUGAGGCGGGCGCGGAUAGCGCGCAUUUACCGCCUUUCUCGACGUUUGGCGACAUGGCGGACAACGAGCAGCGAAUACUGACAGCCGAUGGCCGGCUGCUGGACCCAGCCUGGGAGUACUACGAGAGAACGGGUGACACCGUCUCUGUCAUCGCCAGCCAGCCGCAAUACCGACCGUGGGAGUCGAUGCCCAUCACCGUCAACUCAAAAGAUGCGAUACUUCGUGCAGGAUUCUCAUCACCUCUCGACUACCAAUCGGUGACGUUGCAGCCCAUACCCAACAAGCUGCCGUCCUUCCAGAGUCAAUUCCAGACGUUUCCAGAGACGACCGUGAUACCAGAGACGGGGCUACCGAGUGUCACUCCAGUCCCGGUCACGGCGAGCCCUACGCCCAGCGCGAGUCCUAGUCAGUUAACCCAGCUCACGCAGCUCACGACGCCGUCGUCUCCGGCGCAUCUUACCACACUGGCGCAGGUCACGCCACUUUCUACGACCCUGACUACGCUAUCGCCGGUCAACGCAACUACAUUCCAUACGCUGACAGCCGUGAACGCUAGAAGCUACCCGAUAGUACCGGCACCACUGCAAGCGAGAGAGCUGACGCCGGCGGGACAGGCUUACAUUGAUGACAGACACAUACAGCUGUAUCAACCUAAUAUCGCUACAAUUAAUGCUUUUCCGACUCAAAAUGGAAUUCUUCACCAAAAUGGAACGCUCCUCCAUCAAAACGGGAGCCUUAUACAAAACAUUCAGAGUCCAACAGUGGUCCAUGUGCUGAAAAACGAACCGUUCGAUAUGAAGGCGCUACAAGAUAAAUACACUCCAAAUGGAUUACAUCACAGCAAUUUUCAGAACCCAAUGUUACUAGACAACGGGUACGAUAAGAAGUCAAACGGUUUUGGAAGUGCAUCGUCUCCGACGAGGUCAGAUUUUCGAAAGAAGGAGAGACGGAAAAUGCGCGCCAACAGUUCAGAGUCUGACGGUUCUAACAUGGAGGUGGGUUCGGAAAGCAGCGGGCAAGUCGCGGCUGUGUCCUCCACGGCGGGCUUCAAGUCGCCUAUGCACGGCGCCCCGCCCAUGAGCACUGGACCCAUGGAGCUCGAUGAUAUAUCCAGUGAAAAACAGUAUUUCCCAUCACAGACAAAGAAAAAGCGAAAACGUUGCGGCGAGUGCAUCGGCUGCCAGAGGAAAGACAACUGUGGCGACUGCGCACCAUGUCGCAACGACAAAUCGCACCAAAUCUGCAAGCAGAGACGAUGCGAGAAACUCACCGAGAAAAAGCUUAUUUUGGGGCCGGACGGGACGCUGCAGACGGUGAAAAGCGAGUCGCGCCGCGGCCGCGGCAGAGGGCGCUCUACGACAACACCAGUCUUGCAAGACAUCAAGAGCUACCGAGGUCGCAAGCCUCUGGGAGGCGGCGUGGUCCCGGUGCCUGGUGUGCCCGGCCUCAGCCCCGGCGUGCCGGCGGCUGCAUCCCCAUCGCCCGCGCCGCACGCGCCUGCCGCGCCCAGCCCCGCUCCCGCAGCAACACCCGCCAUGAAGCAAGACCAUCCCAGCCAGCCAAUGGCUCCGAUGCCAUUUUACGCCGGGGAUCCCAACAGAUUCCCAACAACGUGGCAAACAGAUCCAUCACAAGGUUGGCAAAAUCAAUUCAUUCAACAAAUUCCUACCCAGACAGGCCAAACGACGUUAGAUUACCAAGGCGCUCACACACCUUAUGCUACGUCACCCCACUAUCAAGCAAACACUACAUACACCGUCCAGAAUGUUGCGACUACUUUCGAUGUAGCUAACAACACCUAUUAUCAAGCCGGAGUUCAGGCUGUGCCUGCACAAAGACCGCCAUCGAAUCGUGGAGCGUAUACGCCUGUGCCCUCGCCGCGAGCUCCACAUUAUACGACGGAAUACCAGCAGCAGUACGCCCAAGCUGCCACUCCUGGUGUCACUAGUGGUAGUGAUUCAAGACCUGCCUCAGCCGUUUCAUACCAAAACUCAGUUCCGACAACGGCAGCAUCCGUUUAUACUGUGAGUCAACCGAAUUAUGAACGCACAGAGUACGCAACAGAACACGCGGAGGACUAUAACAGUGCUGAUGGCACAACGGGAGAUUCUAACAAUGAUGGAGACAGACAAGAUCAAAGUGGAACGAAUGGUCAGCAUUCGGGAAACGCCGAGCCUGGAUACCUGCAGGGGAGCAACGGUCCGCGAGCUUCACUCGACUGUAGCGGGUAUUCGGGCGCCUACAACAGCGGACAGUACAGGGAAAACAACCAAGCACAAAACCAAAAUGACUGGCAACAACGUCAGUGGCAGCAUAACCAAAGAAUUCAAAACCAGCAAAUGCAGAACCAACAUCAAAUUCAGAAUCAACAACAAAUACAAAAUCAGCAACAAAUUCAAAACCAGCAGCAACUUCAGAACCAGCAGCAAAUGCAAAGUCAGCAGCAAAUGCAGAAUCAGCAGCAAAUGCAAAAUCAGCAACAAAUGCAAAAUCAGCAACAGAUUCAGAAUCAGCAACAAAUGCAGAACCAGCAACAAAUACAGAAUCAACAACAGAUGCAAAACCAACAACAAAUGCAGAAUCAACAGAUGAACCAACAAUUAAAUCACCAUCAACAAAAUCAACAGCAACAACUACAAAAUCAAAUCCAAAUGCAAAAUCAUCAAAAUCAGCAAAUUCAGAAUCAACAAUUGCAAUCGCGUCAAGAUGAAUCUGAACAACAAAUGUUUUCGCAGUCAGACAGGGUAAACUUGAACUCGAGACUGAAAACUAUGAUUUUGAAUAAACAGAGCCAUACCCGGGAUGGUACUAAUACACCACCGGACAAAGGCGAUCCUGGCGAAGGCCCACCUCGAGGGCUUGACGACAGGAAAGGUGGUAUUUCCACCAAUGACGAUAAAAAUACUACCGGUCAUUUUUUAUCGUAUAGCCACCAUCUCCGAGAUAAUUACCGCAUAGGCGAGCAGGCUUAUUCUGCAGCUGGUAAUUAUUCCCACGGAGCUCACACUUAUAAUGUGAGCGAGUUCGGAGGUGGUGGCCACCAAGUAUGGGAGGGCGGGACGGAUGUCCCGCGGAGUUAUGACAAAAACUUUUCAUCUGUUAAUGCGUCGAAAACACAAAAACUGCCCUCUUAUUCCGACAUGAGAGGUCAAUAUAAUGCAUACUCGAAUCUUACACCCACAGUCGAUUCCCAAAAAUUUCCGGAAGUUUUCGGUAGUGAUAAUUUAAGUUAUUCGCAACAAGACAGUAAAGAUUUCCAAUCAAAAAUGCUAAUAGGACCAGUUUCUGAAAUGAAUCAACAAAACUUAGCUCGGGACAUAAGCGCACAAAAUAAGCAUUUUGAGAGAGAAGCCUAUGACGCAAAAUUUAGGCAUCCUAAUGCGCCUUUAAUCCCAAAGUUAGAAUUCCCUGAUAAUUAUCAGUAUAAGAAAGGAGAAAGAGUAAAACCCGAGACAAUAAGAACUUCCUGUCAAAAUGCCUGCAAAAAGCCAAAUGAGGCAACGUUAAAUAAUGCUUACAGAGAGUUCGCUAAUGGUACUUUGGCUAAAGCCAAUACUGUACUGCCGCCAAUAUCUACCAUAAAACAAGAAAAUUUUGGCCCUAAACAACAAACAUAUCAAAAUUUCCAAAACUUUGGAUUUGAACGUAGACAAGAAACUCAUGAAAGUUUUGCUCAAAGUCCUCGCGUCCAAGAAAAUAUAGGUUUUCAAAGAUAUAACAAGAAUUUCGAACAAAAGACUCAUAAAACUUCUGACAGUCGAGGUAAUUCUGGAAGAUCCACACCUAUUGAGCCCAAACCACCAUUUUACAUCGAGCAAAUAAAAUCAGAGCAUUCACCCCCCGGUCAUAAAAUAUACAAAAACAUAAAUUAUGGACCUCCCAAAAACGAGCCUUAUAUGUUUUCUGGGGAUGGAGGACCGGUGGCGAUAAGGAACGAAGUUGGAUACUCUUGCUGCCGCCAAGGGUCCACCAGGAAACCUCCUCCUGAGCAUUUAAGAGAUGGAGCUUGUCCGGGUUUACAAACUAAAGAUGAAAUUCUAGAAGACGAUCCCGAUUCAACGGAAAAAUCUGAUUCCAAGAACUCUUCUAAGCCCGGUACACCCAUACCGGAUAACAACAAUAAGCCUAAAGAAAAUCAAUUUAAUUAUUCUAAAGAAUAUCUCGAGAACUUGGAAAAACUAAGAAAUAGUUCAAGGACUGAGGUUCCGGAUUGUAACUGCUUCCCGGCUGAUAAAAAUCCUCCAGAACCAGGCAGCUAUUACACUCAUUUAGGAGCAGCCUCUAGCUUAGCGGAAUUAAGAAAAGAGCUAGAAACGCGAACAGGGCUAUCAGGAAAAGAAUUGAGGAUAGAAAAGAUAUGUUACACUGGCAAAGAGGGCAAAACGGCUCAAGGAUGCCCGAUGGCAAAGUGGAUAAUCAGACGUGCCAACUACACGGAAAAAGUCCUGGUUGUAGUGAAGUGUCGUAACGGGCAUAAGUGCACCUCGGCGUGGAUCGUAGUGUGUCUGGUUGCGUGGGACGGCAUCCCGCAGUCAGAGGCCGACCUUGACUAUACACUCCUCUCACACAAACUCAACCGGUACGGCUUGCCCACCACACGGCGCUGCGCCACAAAUGAAAAUAGAACCUGCGCUUGUCAAGGGCUGGAUCCAGAGACAUGCGGCGCGUCAUAUAGUUUCGGUUGUUCAUGGUCUAUGUACUACAACGGAUGCAAAUACGCAAGAUCCAAAACCGUGCGCAAAUUUCGUCUGUCCGUAAAAACUGAGGAGGCGGAGAUAGAGGAGAGGAUGAAUGUUCUCGCAACUCUACUGAGUCCACUCUACAUGAACCUCGCUCCCAAGUCCUUCGAGAAUCAGUGCCAGUUUGAAAAAGAAGCUUCCGACUGCCGAUUGGGAUUUAAGCCUGGACGACCAUUUUCUGGCGUGACAGCUUGCAUAGACUUUUGCGCGCACGCGCACCGCGACCUGCACAACAUGCACAACGGUUGCACGGCAGUGGUGACGCUGGCGCGGCACCGCGGGCCGGCACGCGCCGAGCACGAGCAGCUGCACGUGCUGCCGCUCUACGUGCUGGACAACACCGAUGAGUUUGGCUCCGUCGACGGACAAGAGGACAAAGUGCGCAACGGCGCGCUGCAGAUACUGGACAAGUUUCCAAUGGAAGUGAGAGUCCGUUCCGUGCCCCUACAACCGUGCAGGAGACACGGAAAGAAGCGUAAGGAUGAAGAAAGUUCAGACAGCGCUAACUCUACCGCGAACACCGGGUCCCAGCAAAAUUCUAACAACCAGAAGAAGCAACAACAAAACGCUGCAGCACCGAGAACGCCGCAACCAAACGAUAUUAGGAAUAACGCAAGUCCCAAGAACCAGAGCAGCGCCUCGCCCCGAGCCAAUACACCAGCAAUGAACCAACCAAAUCCACCUUUCACUAAUAACUCGCCAUAUAACUCAGCAUUUGUUAAUCCAAAUAUGCAUAACAAUACCUCCGGUCUCAUAAACCCUAAUUUAUCAAAUCCUGCGUUGCUAGACAUGGCGUCUAUGAUCGACAAUUUUACUGAAGCCCAAUUACAAAGUAAUCAAAUCUCUAGUACGGUUCUAGAUUCUCCUUAUAAUGCCUAUGAUCAAAGUUAUAAUUUACAUCACCAGAACAGUAUGUACAAUCCAAAUAAUGUAUCCCCACUAAUAGAAAAUACAUGUCAAAACCCAAAUCCCAAUCAACUGCCGAGUUUUGCGUCCGGCUUGCAGAAGAGAGACCAACCAUUCAAUACCAAUCAAGAACAAAUACAACCCGCGAAUCAGUGGCCUGAUUUUGCUAACGCAGAAAUGUUUAACAAUGUAGUAAAAGAAGAUCCCGAUUCGACCACGGCCCAUCUCACCGGUCCCGCUAACAAUUUUAGCCCUGACUCAAAUCGAAGCGAAACAAAUUCAGAUCAACUGUCUCAGAAAAAUACAUCUGAAAACGAUAAGCAAACACUAAUUAGCGAUAUUUCUAACAAGAUGCCGGAAUUCGAUAUGCCCAACUCACCGCGCUUGACGGAAAUAUCACAGAAAUCACAGAGUACUCCAGCAUCUCCUGCACCUUCACAAAUUCCUGAAUUAAAGUCUCCAAGCAAUGACACGUUAAUUUCCCCCGACGCAAGAAAAAGUGUUUGGAAAUCACCAGAUUCUAAAAACUGGGAUCCUUUAAAACCAAAAGAAGCAUCAAACGCGGAAAGUGACAAUGCUUUAUUUAGGGUACCAAAAGCAAGACCGCCAUCACGAUCCCAGUUGGUCAACCCAUUGGCCGGCGUAGAAAAUUCAACAUUUCUAAAACCAUAUCCACCAUCAGAAAAACCUCAUUUUAGCCAAGGGUAUGAACAUAGAAGUCCUUAUGAUAAUAGAACUAAUACGAUACCCCAGCCGCCCACGUCCCAAGGAAAUUUUACCAUAAACCACGAAGACAUGACUCAAAACAUGGGAGCAACAAGUAGGCCAGCCCAAGAGUUUCCCGGUAACUUCCAUCCUACCAACCAAAAUAAUUUUGGAAACCAAACUACCGUGCCGUACAGUAACUACCCACAGAUGACAAACGCGUACCCAUUUCCACCAAGUCCAUAUGGUCAUUUUAAUCCAUAUGAAAAUUCAUACAACGAUUACAAUAGUUUAGCAUAUUACAAUGCUGAAAAAUAUAAACGGGAAGAAUUGAUUAGAAACUCACAUUGUUAUAAUUCCUAUGGUUACCAAUACAACCCUAAUUUUUCUCCCAAUUUUUAUCAGAAUCCAAGCUCAAAUUGGUGUCAAUCUUCGCCUAAUUGGUGUCUGUAUCCACCACCUUUUUCUAUUCCUUAUCCACCAGAACCACCAAAGGCUGAGCCUAUCGGAGAAGUGACAGAAGUGACUGAUAAUCUGGAAUGUUUUAAAGAUAGUCAGAUGGGUGGCGUGGCAAUUGCUUUGGGUCACGGGAGCGUUUUAUUUGAAUGUGCGAAACACGAAAUGCACUCGACGACGGCCGUUAAAAGCCCUAACAGAGUAAAUCCAACUAGAAUAUCGUUGGUGUUUUAUCAGCAUAGAAAUCUGAAUAGACCAAAGCAUGGUCUCGAAGAAUGGGAGGAAAAAAUGAGGUUAAAGAAGCUGGGAUUAAAUCCUGCUACACCAGGAACACCGGGACCGAAUUCGAAUUCUGCUUCGCCUGCAUCUACACCGGGGCCUGAACAGAGGCAAACUCCAGGCCCAGAGAAAUGGAAGAAUAACGAGAACGCUAUUCCUGGAGGAUACAGUUCUUUGGCAGCGCUGGUCGAAGCGACUAACGCUGCGAAGAAAAGUGGGCAGAUCAUGCUACGUACAGAUACUCACACCACUAUGUCAUGGACGACGUUAUUUCCCAUGCACCCCUGUACCGUGACCGGUCCCUACCAAGAGUCGGCCACCUGACGCAGGCCGCGUCACGUCGCAACAUAGCCGUGUUGUCGACCGCGCCAUUGAACUUCCACCGAAGCUAUCGUAAUUCCUUUAAAUCAACCGAUUUCAUCCCAAGCGUUUUUUAAACGAAUAUAAAGAGGCCACUGACUACUUAUGAUACUAUACUGAUGACAAUUAGGAAUUUAUCUUUUUGAAUUAUAAAAAAGAUGCAAUCGUCACAAUGUAAACUAUAUUACUAAGUGGUUAAAAAACUUUUAAGUUAACUACGCUCUCGGUUAAGAACUGGUCCUGUGAGCUGGAAUUUUUUAUCACGUUUAAAUUGGAAUUGACUACCGUUUUACAGCAUGUAUGUUUUCGACGAACCGAGUGAGUUUUAAUCAAAGAUGUUAUUUAAGUUUUUAGUAGUGUUUAUGGCAUUUCAACUAGUCUUACGUUACUACGUUAGUAUCUAUUGUAUCAGAUAAGCGACAGUAUCCAUGUAGUUCUUUUGUUUGUAUAUUCAUGUGCUAUUUAAUUUUACCAAUAUCGAGUCGACCUCCAUGUAUUUAGUUAUACAAAUACAUUUUGUAUAAAAUAGAUGCAUUUUUACGUUUAUUCUGAAUAUUUUGUCGUGUUUUCUAAUUAAGCGCAUUAUGAAUAAAUAUUUAGUGCGACGCAAUGAUCUCAUAAACUACUAACACUACAUGUAUACCUUGUUCAGAGCAAAAGUACAGGAAGGAGGGCCUCGACCCCGCCCGGGCCGGCCGGAGACCGCGUCUAUAUUUUUGUACCUUUGUUUAUUUAUUAUUUUAAAACCAUUCCUCUGUCUAUUUGGAGUUUGUUUUGGCAUAUUAUUUUAAAUUUAAUAAUAUAAGUGAAAUCAUGGCGAAGGCGCAACAUGCAUUUUACAACAAACGUAAUUGAGUGCUUUUCUAUUAGGUUUAAGAUGUGUGUAUUUUUAAAUUUUUAGAAUAUUUAACUUAUUUAUAUUGUAUUACGUGAACUUUUAUGAAAUGAUUUUCUUUGUAAUAAUUUAGUGUUACAGUAGAUAUUAAUUAUUAAUAUAUUUGCUUUACGACUCGACAUUUAAGUUGUGUUGGCAUGUUCACGUCUCCUUUACUUUCCUCCAGUGCCUGCGCGCUGUCAGCGCCAUCUGUCGACGCGUUACAAACUGUUAAAUUAUGUCCUUAUUUGAUAGUCGUGUGUGCAUUUUAUGAAAUCAUCCCUAUUAUUUAGUCACUAAUAAUCUUAAUGAAAUUAUGUUCAAUAAUUUAAAGAAAAAUAUGAAAUAAAAAAAUACAAUUAUGAUAUAAGUAUUGCGUAAAACAGGCGCUUGGAAAGAUUAUAAAGUAGGCAUAUUAUUGAAAAAUGAAUGAAAUCAUACUGACGAAUAGUUAUUAAUAUAUAAUUAGGGUAAGAGAAGUUUGUUUUAAAGAUUAAACUAUUGAUAUAGUUUAUAUUUUUUACGUGUACGUAUUUAUUGAAUGGUAAAUUUAUUGGGACGAAUGUGAAAUUAUUUAUAGGUGAAGUUUUGAGAGCAAAACUUUUAAAAACUAAGCAAUAAUAGACGUCGGGUCUAUGUACAUUAUUAUGAAGGAGUUGAAUAAAAAAUUAACGAAUGGUGCGGAAUAUCGUCGAUCUUAUGGAGUCGCUUAACUUUUCGAGCUGUCUGAUCGCCUAAAUUUUAUUCUGAUAUUAUUUGUGUACUUUAUCUGUGUGCCCCUCUUGCCAUACGUAGCCGUCGCUCGUAACCGUCAGCCUCCACUGGCGAAGCACGCGUACGAAAACGAUAUCAUUAGAAUAUGUUGUACAAGUGCUUGGGUAGUGGAUGCUCAAGGUUACAUGUUAUUGUCAGAGCAUUGUGUUUGUGUGACAAGACAUAUCAAUAUCGUUUUCAUAAAUCGUAGUAUAUACGAGUACGUGCCAGCAAGCAGCGAAGUUCGAAGCAGGUCAAAAAACAUAUUUAAACUGUAUACGGAUUAUGUCGGCGAAUUUUUCAUGUUUACAAAUAAUAAAAAAAAA